AUGAACACACUUGACGUGGCCGAAUAUCACUCAGUUCAGUUCUUCAGUGGCUGUGUUAUUGUCAAGAUGUGGUACAUAGAAGAAGAAACUCUUGGCUGGAUUGUCAUGGCCUUUAAUAUUAUCCUUUGCUUGGCUGUGAAUGUGGUGUACUUCUCAUCAGAUGAUGAGAUGGAUGAUUUGUUAGAAAACUGGGAUCUAGCUCAUUUCACUGAGGUGCUACUAACCUCAGCAAUAAGGUACAUGACAGCAGCUACCCUGAUGGAGGUGAAUCGCAUGUUCUUAAAACAUCUCAUGCAAGAAUUCAACAAUUACAUGCAACAACAACAACCACAAUGUACUACAAUGUGUGCUACAAUGUGA